AUGCUUUGCUCUCUCCACUCUUUCUCAUCACUCACUCUCCUCCCCUCUCCUUCCUCUCCAAAACCCACCACUCCAUUCCACUCCUUCUCCAUCAGAGCCUCAACUAAUAAGGACCCCAAUCCAAACUCCAAGCCCACCUCAACCUCGUGGGUCAGCCCUGACUGGCUCACUUCCCUGACCCGCUCCUUGACCUUAUCCAAAAACGACGACUCCGGCAUUCCCGUCGCCUCCGCCAAGCUCGAUGACGUGUCCGACCUUCUGGGCGGUGCUCUGUUCUUGCCUCUGUUUAAAUGGAUGAACGAGUACGGCCCAAUAUACAGGCUGGCGGCUGGGCCCAGAGACUUCGUGGUGGUCAGUGACCCUGCUAUUGCUAAACAUGUUCUUAGGAAUUACGGCAAGUAUGCCAAGGGCCUUGUUGCCGAGGUCUCUGAGUUUCUGUUCGGGUCGGGUUUUGCUAUUGCUGAAGGCCCACUUUGGACGGCUAGGCGCAGGGCUGUGGUGCCAUCUCUUCAUAAGAAGUACUUGUCCGUGAUAGUUGAUCGGGUGUUUUGCAAAUGUGCUGAUAGACUAGUGGAGAAGCUACAAGCUGAUGCACUUAGUGGAACUGCUGUAAACAUGGAGGAAAAGUUUUGUCAAUUAACUCUUGAUGUCAUAGGCCUGUCUUUAUUCAACUACAAUUUUGAUUCUCUCAAUACUGAUAGCCCCGUCAUUGAUGCUGUUUACACUGCAUUGAAAGAAGCGGAGCUUCGUUCUACUGAUAUAUUACCAUAUUGGAAGGUUGACGCUCUACGUAAAAUAAUCCCAAGACAAAUAAAAGCCGAAAAAGCUGUUUCAAUUAUCAGGAAUUCUGUCGAAGAACUUAUUGCUAAAUGCAAAGCAAUUGUGGAAGCUGAAGGUGAAAGGAUUGAUGAGGAAGAAUAUCUUAAUGAAUCUGAUCCAAGCAUCCUUCGGUUUUUGCUUGCAAGUAGAGAAGAGGUUUCAAGUAUACAAUUACGAGAUGAUCUUUUGUCUAUGCUGGUUGCUGGACAUGAGACGACUGGUUCAGUAUUGACCUGGACGCUAUAUCUUCUAAGUAAGGAUCCCCAAUCAUUAGGUAAAGCUCAGGAAGAAGUUGACACAGUUUUACAAGGACGGCGUCCUUCCUAUGAUGACAUAAAGGAUCUGAAGUUCUUGACUCGCUGCAUAAUGGAAUCUUUGCGUCUCUUUCCACAUCCUCCUGUUUUGAUAAGAAGGGCUCAAGUUGCUGACGUGCUCCCUGGAAAUUACAGAGUCAACCCUGGUCAGGAUAUUAUGAUAUCAGUAUAUAAUAUCCAUCGUUCUUCAGAGGUGUGGGAGAGAGCAGAAGAGUUUUCACCAGAGAGAUUUGAUAUGGAAGGUCCUAUACCUAAUGAAACAAACACAGAUUUCAGGUUCAUUCCAUUCAGUGGAGGGCCACGAAAGUGUGUUGGUGAUCAGUUUGCUUUGCUGGAAGCUAUUGUUGCUCUGGCAAUCUUUAUUCAGCACCUGAACUUUGAGCUUGUUCCUGAUCAGAACAUUAGCAUGACAACAGGGGCAACAAUUCACACUACAAAUGGUUUGUACAUGAAAUUGAGUCAACGGCAAGCAAAAUCUGUGUUUGCUGCUUCUUCCAUCUAACUGUAGAUCUCAGCGUUCACAUCCUUUGGAAAUGUCAGAAGUGUUUUUUGGCUAAAAUGCAGAAGCUUGUAAAGUGUUUUACCAAAAGGAACUAAAUUAGAGUGGAACCAGCUUAUUCAUAAUAAUCACUUUGAUGUCUGAUUCUUUUCUUUCUUUCUUUUUUGCAUAGCUUUGAUGUAUGAUUCAAAGUGUUAAACCGCCACUUUU